AUGGACGAGGUUCAGAAGAAACUAAGCCAGAGGUAUGAGGCAAGACCCCGCAAAGUGAGGUUCAAAAUCUCUUCGGGAUACAGUGGCCGGGUGUUAAAGCAGGUCUAUGAAGAUGGCCAGGAACUGGAGCCUCCAGAGGAAGAAUCCCCUCACCGUUUUCUUCACCACAGCUUUGAGUCAGGGGACCAUUUCAACAGGGUUGGAGAGGCACCAGAAUCCAGGUUUUAUUCAUCAGCCAAACUGACUGCCCAAAGGAUCAGUGUAUUCAAAGAGGGUAGUAAGUACAAUCUAGCAAGUAACCCUCCACUCUUCUGUGAUUACCAAGCAAGUGAUAGUCAUCACAGGCCCUCCCCCAUUUUAGAUUUUGGCAAGAUUGUCAUCUACACGAGCAACCUGAAAAUCAUCCGCACACCAAUGGACAAGAAAGAGCUGAUGAGAAAAAUCAUCCAGAACGAGGGCACUGAUGACUGGUCCUUCAUGUGCCAGGAUGGGAAGGAAGGGGAUGGUCAUCAAAUCAAUGGGCGUGUGAAAGAUGCAGAAAACCAACUUGCUGACAACCAGUAUGUGCAGGAAGGAGACACUGAGCACAAUUGCUCUCAGUGCAAAGGGUCAGGCUCAGCCCCCUGCUCUCUGUGCCACGGAAGCAAGUUUUCAAUGUUGGCUAACAGAUUUAGAGAGUCCUACCGGGCUCUCCGAUGUCCUGCUUGCAAUGAAAAUGGCUUGCAACCUUGCCAGGUCUGUGCCCGAUAA